CAAGCGUGGAUCUUCUACUCCUGGUCCAGCAAAGAACCCUUCAAGAAGGCGCAGAGCUUCCAGACGGACACUUUACGAACUUGUCCUGGAACACGUGAUGCAUCUUGAGUAAAACUUGCCUCUUCCAGACCGAUUCUUGUAGACCCUAUAUACAGAACUUCACAAUUUUCCUGGGGCUAAUGAUUUUUCCAGGUCUCGUGCUGGAAUACCCUUCGCACGUCUAGUGGUUGUUCCAGAACCCAAACUGGAACACGUCAUGCAUCUUCCAAAACCACGCUGGAAGACGAAACUUCUCUAGUGCUGCUUCCAUAACCCGUGCUGGAACACAUGGCACAUCUCAAAAGUAUCAUCCAGAAAGCGUGCUGGAACAGAUAACACGUCUGUAGUGCUUCUUCCUUACAACACACAGGAACAUUUCACAUUCCUCUAGCACGUCGUCCAGAACCCGCACUGGAAUACUUUACACGUCUUCAGAGUUUCUUCCAGAACCCGUCCUGGAAUACCUCACACAUCUUUAGAUCUUCUUGCAAAACACUAGUACAUCUUCCAGAACCCUUGCUGGAAGACAUAAUACUACUGGAUAUCCAGAACUAGUGCUGGAACACCCCACCCAGCUCCAGCUAUCAGAACUUAUCCAUCUGCCAGCUGGCGAAGAAAGUUUAAAUGGCUGUGUUUCCAGCUUCCAGCUAAGAAGGAACAUAAAUCUCUCACCAGACAAUCCGCUUGGAAUUUCAAGUGUAAAUAGAGAUGUUUUCCAGGAUUCCUUGAAAAAGGAACAUAAAUUUUAUUGUGCCAAUCCCCAGAAUUUUAAGUGUAAAUAAUGGUGCUUUCGUAUCCCUGAUAAAGAGGGAGAAUUUGUAUCUUAUUUAAUCAAGAGACUUACGGCUGUUGGAGGAUAGAUGAGGCAGUUUCCACACUCCAGCAAAGCGAAAUAAUUUUCAUACACGAAGAAUACUCGAAAAGAAUAAAACCAAUAUCAGCUCCGGAGAAUUCUAGUUUUGGGAUAUUUUUUUUAUCGAAAACUAUCGUGUUUAAUUUUACGCAGCAACUGAAAAUAGAUUAAACUCUAGUCGUUUCACCUCACCAGCCUGGCAAUGACAAUGUAAAUGACGUUGUUUACAGUCACCAGCGUGAGAUUAAAGGUUAUUCUCACAGAAACAGAAGUGCAAAAUUGGCCAUUCCAGCCCAACUUUUUGUCCACUGCGAAGUUAAAAAGCGUCCCCCUUGUCAGCGAUGACGUUCCUGGAAUGUCCAGGAUUACUGGAAUGGAAAUAAAACACAUUCAGUUAACCAAACUAGUUUAACGAUCAAUAACACGAAUAGUGCGUGUGCGUGCGUGUGUGUGUGUGCGUGUGUGUACGUUCCAGAUGAAACCCUGUCCGACCUGCUAGCCAGGGGGGAGGAGGGUCCUGGAAAUGAGGCAAAGGCCUUGCGGCAUUGCAAAACCAGGUAAAAUGGAAGUACGACAACCUGGCUAUGGAACAGGGUCAUUACGAACUGGUGACCAGGAACGAGGCUCCGGGGAUCCGAAACGAGGUUGUGGGGACUCGAAACGUGGACCCGGGGACCCGAAACAAGGAUCUGAAGACCUGAAACUGGACGGUUGCAGACUAAGAAGAGGAACUGGAGGUCUCUGGAGAGGACCAGGUGACCUAGUACCUAGUGUGAGGUUUCUCCUGGUCGCGCUGGUGCUGGCAGUACGAGGCGUCUCCGAGGUCACGACUCUGCACACAGGCCAGUGUGAUGCUGCGCUGGGGAUGCAGUCGGGCGCCAUCCCCGACGACCACAUCUCCGCCUCCUCCUACUUUGACGCCGCCGUCAACGCCAUCUAUGGCAGGGCGCACGUGGAGGUGGGAGGAGGGGCGUGGUGCCCGAGGGAGAUGGUGUACCAGGAGGGCCUCCAGUACCUGGAGGUUAACCUUGGCGGCCUCCACGUCGUCACCAAGGUGGAGGUCCAGGGCAGGUUUGGCAACGGUCAGGGCAGAGAGUUCGCCAAGCAGUACAAGCUCCAGCUCUGGCGGCCCGGCAUGGCCCACUGGACCACUUACAGCGACGGUCGUGGCGAGGAGCUACUGGAAGGGAACACGAACACGUACCUGGCCCAGACCUCACAGUUGAGUCCACCCAUUAUAGCGGCCAGGGUGAGGUUUGUGCCCUACAGCGACCACCCCCGUACAGUGUGCAUGAGGGUGGAGGUCUACGGCUGCCGCUACACUGAUGGACUGGUGUCGUACACGAUGCCUGAGGGUGACCCCCGAGGGGGGGACAACAACCUCCGUGACCUGACCUACGACGGGUCACGUAAGGGCGGCUGGCUCUCUGGCGGCCUGGGUCAACUUACCGACGGGGAGACGGGUCACACCAACUUCCGGGUCGAUGCCCUCGGCCGUGGCAGAGGGUACGAGUGGGUGGGCUGGAAGAACGACUCCCGCCAGGCCCAGCCCGUUGAGAUCACCUUCGAGUUCGACUCCGUCAGGAACUUCUCCGCUGUUCACAUCUACGCCAACAACUUCUUCACCAAGGACACCCAGGUGUUCUCGAGGGCGAGGGUGCUGUUCAGCGUGGGCGGGGAACACUACCACGAGCAGUCAGCUGUUGAGUUCGAGUACGUGGUGGACCGGAUCUUCGAGCACGCCCGCAACGUCACCAUCAGACUCCACAAUGCCGCCGCCAAGUUCGUCAAGCUGCAGCUCUUCUUCUCCCUCAGGUGGAUCCUCAUCUCCGAGGUCGCCUUCGACUCAGUUCCAUGUGCAUGUAACCUCACGGAGGAAGAGCUUGUACUAACAACGGAGACGGUAAGAAAGAAGUCCCUGUUGGAGGUACAGAAUCAGACCUCCGUAGUGCCUGCCCAGGCCUCCUCAUCAGGACUUCUGGUGGGAGGAUUGGCCACUUUAGGUGUGGUCUUUGGCGUGGUGCCCAUUGCUCUCUGCAUACUUUAUUACCGCUACAGACUCUCAAAGAAGAGCAAGACGCCUCCGUCUACCAUCAACAGCGUUGAUGCAAAGAAAGUGUCUAUGAAAAUGAAGGAUUUCCACAUAAACAUGAAUCUCACACCAACAUCUAAUGGUUACUCACGGGCCAAAGGAGAGCUAUACGGUCACGUGACAAUGGAGGAGGAGGCAGCAGCCAUGUAUCAGGAGCCUUAUAAGGGCCCACUCCAGAAUCCUGGUUAUUAUACCCUUGGCCACAACGUCACGCCCUCAGAGACACCCCUCAAGUGCCCGCUGCCCCUUGACACUGAUGACUCUGUUGACUAUGCCGUUCCUGAUGUAAAUAUGACGCCUCCACCACCAUUUUCCGACGUGUAUGCUCCUCCCCCGCCAGUGCCACUGACACGGCCACCAUCCACGCUUCCAACGGUCAGGGGUCGCAAGGAUUCGCCCCUGCCGCCGCCUGUGCCACCCAUUCCGCCUCCCCCGGAGCAGCAAUAUUAUGCUGCCCCACAGCUCUGCCAUGCUUCCAACAUCCAAGGUGUGACUGGUUCAGUUAUUUAUGCCUUAGCAGAUGGAUGCAAUUUGCUCAAAGAACGCCCUGUUCCCGAAGUGGCUCGACAGCGCAUUCGCAUCUUGGAGACUCUUGGCGAGGGAAAGUUUGGCAUGGUGCAGUUGUGUAAGAUUGAGGACUCUGGUGGUUCGCAAAUGGUGGCCAUGAAGAGCAUCAGGGCAGGUGCUAGUGAAGCCACCAAAAAGGAUUUCCGCCAAGAAGCUCGGAUCUUGAGCCGCCUAGAUGAUCCCAACAUCGUGCAGCUGGUGGGGAUGGUGACGCGGGCAGAGCCUCUCUGUAUGUUGCUCGAGUACAUGAAUUGUGGUGACCUCUACCAAUUCCUUAGGAAGCACCAGGGUGACGGAACAGUCAUGCCUGUCACCUUCACGUCUCCAGUGGAUGAUGCAGACCUUCCAGUUCUAAGCUACGGAGCUCUUAUUUAUAUAGCAUCUCAAGUUGCCUCUGGUAUGAAGCAUUUGGAGGCGCUGAAUGUGGUCCACCGAGACUUGGCCGCCCGCAAUUGUCUGGUUGGUAACGAGUUAGUAAUCAAAAUAUCAGAUUUUGGCAUGAGUAGGCCAUUGUAUUCAACUGACUAUUACCGGCUUAGUGAAGGCCGAGCUCUCCUGCCCAUCAGAUGGAUGGCAUGGGAGUCUAUCCUCCAGGGCCGGUUCUCGACCAAGAGUGACGUGUGGGCGUUCGGAGUGACGCUGUGGGAGAUCCUGACGAUGGCCCGUCAGCAGCCCUACGACGAGCUGAGUGACGAUGGCGUGCUGGAGAACAUCUCUCACUGCUACCACGGUGACGGCUCUGGCAUGAUGGUGUUACCGCAGCCUCCGCUCUGCCCUCGCGAGAUGUAUGACAUGAUGACCGCAUGCUGGAGACCCAACGACCGCCAGCGUCCCCCCUUCUGGGAGAUCCACUUGUUCCUUCAACGGAAAAACCUGGGUUACACCCUCGACUACAUUGAAUAGAGCACCAAAUACAAUUUGGAAGCUCUUUCUUUCUUUAAAGUUAUGGUUUUUAGUUCCUCGUGUACAAUGACAUAUGCUCCUCUAGAAAGCUUAUUGUCUGAAAAUUACCAUGUUCUUCCAGCAAACUAAGCCUGGAGCUUCCUCAUCAAAUACUCAAGGGAUGUGUGAGGUGCUUGUCUACCUUUUAUAUAGGUGUAUCUGUGCUCUUCCGGUUACAAAGACUGUUAAGAAAAAGUUGUCCUAGUGGCUAAAGAAAGACCAUAGUAAAAGUCGUUCAGAGUGUCUGUUUUUGUACAUUCCAGACGCUUCAUAAAGGCAAUAUUCAAGAGUUUCUUUAGUGACGCGCACUCGUCCAACCGACAGGAGUGUAAUUUCCUUUUACCAGAAAACAUUUGUUUGAAGUAUUCCUAAACGAAAAUAGUUUUCUUUACGCUUCCUGCUCAUUGUUUGAGUACAAAGUUAUUCCAACUUUCAAUUUCUUGGAAGACUGAAUUAUCAUAUAGAAGACACGUAUAAUUCUAGCAACAUGCAAGACUUGUAAUGGCUCCAUCCUCUUUGAAAAGUGUUUAAGGUCUCCAAGUAGUGACACUGAGAUUACCCUUCAUGUUAUCAACUAUUGGAAUCAGUGCUGAUGACUCCAAUUAAUAUCUGCUGUAAUGUGGCCAUCCUGCUCUUAGUGAAUAGCACACGAGAUGUGAUUUGCACGUUCCAGGCUUAUCUGGGUUUUCAGGACAGAUAAUUGUGUUCUCGUGUGAAGUGUCACAUACCAUGUGCCCAGAGGUCGGUCCUCGGCAGAUCGUUUACUACAUGUAUGGCACUACUUUCUUCUAAACACUACGGACACAAUACACUUCAAACUUUUGGAUGUUUGCGGUAGUGUAGUAAUAACUGUUUUUAUCCCUGUGGGAUUUGUUUUAUAUAGCAAACUAUUUCAGUUUAGUAGUUAAUGGUGUUGUUCAUUAAUGAAAUCUGCACAAAUCAAACUGACAGCAAAAUGGGGUGUUGCCAAAACUUAUGCUUACCGAAGAAGCUCAUCUCACAAGUACCUCAAGAGCUUCAGCAUGUGUGUGUGUGUGUGUUUGUGUACGCUCUCCCAUCCCCUGCAAGCACCGAACAUAACGACAAGGUUUAUUACAACAUUGUAACAACAUAAAAUUAGUAAUCGAUAAUGCUGUGGUUAUGUAGUAUGUUUGCUUGGAUGCCAUCCCUCUAUCGUCGUUCAUAAUGUUGUCACAGAAAGUGCUUCCACAAGUCUUUGUGUUUCCGUUCCUCCCUCAUUCACAACCCGUGCCCCUGGAAACACACAAUGUAACGACAACGUUGUAAUAAAAGUAAAAAAUUACAUUCAUAGCAGGCAAAACAUGCUAGAGUAACGUUGAAUAGACGUUGAUUCAACGUUAAAUCAACGUCGUUUGCCCAACAUGUGCCCACUUGGAUGUAGUUAUGUUGUGUGUUUUUUGGGGUCCUCCCCCUUCCAAAUUUUUAUUUGUCUAUUUUGAGGUUUGCUCGUGCUGGGUUCACUUGAUUACCGACCUGACCCCUAGUGUAGGGCGGCUCCUGUGAUUUAUCUGUGAUAUAAAUUAGUCAGGGAAUUGGUUCACGAGUGAGAGACUAAUGCCUGCGAUUAAUUUCUCUCCCACUCCUUACAUCAACUUUGUUUUUUUUUAUAUGUGGAAGAUCUCUAUCAAUCAUGUUCUGAGUUAAUCUGGAGGAGGCAAAGAAGUCUGUGUCUGGCUGGAGGCUUCAGUGUUCCUUAGUGUCUGGCUGGAGGCUUCGGAGUGCUACAUGAUGUCUGGCUGGGUGCUACAAAGUGCUUCUUAUGAGUCUUGCUGGAACACUUCAAAGCUUGACUCGGUUCUCCUUCUCAUCAACGCAAUAUAUCAAUGAGUGCAGCUCUAAUUAGCGUUGGUGACAUCACUAGCAUUGGUGACAUCAUUUGCGUUGGUGGCGUCACUAGUGUUGGUUACGUCAUUAGUCCGAGUUAACACAGUUAACUACCAAUAGUUCACUUCCUCUCUGUGUGAACAUAACCAAGUGAAUGGGUUUUUUGAGCUUCUAGUCAAACUGUCUGCAACAUUUAUUAAUUUGAGAAAACACUGAGGCAAUAAGAUGAGAUCGAACACGUGUCCCUCGACUCCUGAGGCACACGCACUACCGACUGGACCAUGAUGGAGUCCACGAACGCAAAUUCGAUACCAUUGCAUAGCUUCAAUAUUUUCUUAUAGAUAUAUCACGUUUUUUGUGAUUGAAUUGUGCAUUUAUUAAUUUUUAGCAUUUUAAGCUACCGCUGCAAUAAAAAAAUUAAUGUUUUUCUUCCCCUCUCUCUCUAUCUCUUUCUUCCUCCCUCAUUCUCUCUCUCUCUUCCUCACCCUCUCUCUCUCUCUCUCUCUCUCUCUCUCUCUCUCUCUCUCUCUCUCUCUCUCUCUCUCUCUCUCUCUCUCUCUCUCUCUCUCACUCACUCUCCCUCUUUCUCUCCUCCACGUACUUCCAAAAAUCGUCGACAACAGAUUUUCUUAUCUAAUCGACGGUGGAAUAAAUCAAUAUCAUGUCACCUGAAACAUAUCCUGUUAAUAACAAAACAAACUGUACAUAAUAGUCUAGUGUUAUGAUUAUUAUUUUAUAUUUUGAAAGAAACUGGGCACAAUAAUAGCUCCCCCUGUUGACAGAUGGCAUUGGCACUGCGGUUUCCCCCCGAGGUGGUUGUCCUCCUGUGUUUGUCACUCUCUCUCUCACACUCUCACACACUAACUCUCUCUCACACUCUCUCUCUCACACACUAACUCUCUCUCUCACACUCUCUCACACACUAACUCUCUCUCACACACUCUCUCUCUCUCACACACUCUCUCUCUCACACACAUUGACUCUCUCUCACUCUCACUCAAUCUCUCACACACCACUCACUCUCCAUAAACCACAAAGAAAUUUAAAACUGAACUAAGCGCAUUGUUUUCAACACAUGAGAGUCGAUAAUCGCCUCUCAUGCGUUGAACACGAACGCACUCAGGCAAUCUUUCAGCAGUUUUUGCUAGA